AUUAAUCUGAAUGCAGGUAGAGAAAAAAAAAAUUAACUCGCUACAUGCGGGUAAAUUUCAAGAUGGCGGGGCCGCAUGGCGACAGACGGAGGAAUUUAAACGCCGGUUUCAGCGAAUUCGCAACACCAGAAGCUUUCCAAGAUGCUCAGGUUGGAUCUCCAAAAAGCCAUACCCUUGAAUUUGAUGUUGAUGCUUUGGGCAGUUCUUCAGGCACCUUUCACAGCAGCCUGGAACCUUCCAUUUUAUCCAUUUUUGAGGAUUCAUCUGCUGAAGAGGCAAAAAUCCAUAUAGAUGAGGAAAGCGAAGCAUCAUUGCUAUCUGCUUUCUCAGAGAUGCUGGACAGUGUGAUCGAGGACACCCUGUCCCCCUUUGACACACUUCCUGACUCAAAACUUUUUAUGGGUCAAAGGUGUCAGGACUCCAGAGUCAGGUUGCAUUGUCUGGACAGAGAAGCUGCCCCUCGUGUCACUAGAUCCUUCACACCCUCGAAUUCAAAAGCAGAAACCCUGCAUUCAGACAGGCAGUUGAGACCGAGGCUCCAUCUCAGAACCCAUACGGCCACCAUACAGAGAAGUGAUGGUGAGGAGGAGGACCUCAGUGAGACCAGGAGACGCCCUAUGAGAAUAUUCCGCAUCGAGUCUGAUCCGAACAUGUGUGACGACGAGCAGCAGGAUGGAUUUCUAAGCGUAUCCCUGGUGGAGCUGGUCAGGCACAUGCACCCAUACAGCCUCAGGGUAGCCAUGGAUAAGAAAGAAAGUCUCAGGGAUGUUGAAGAUCUUCCAGAUGAUGAUGUGUUUGUGGAUGUUGUGGGUGAUGACACCGAGGAGACAACUUUGGGCAUGUCUGCUGUUAGCAAUCCCUCGGAUAUGGGUUCAGAGCAGAUAGUUCCCCAUCCACAGCAUCAAAGUCCUACAGGAUCCAGUCCUGUUUGUAACUCCAGUCAGGAAGACGACAUGUGUACAUCCAACUGUGAGGAACAAAAGGAAGAGGAUGAUAAUGCUCAGAGUGUCUUUGCUAAGGCAGGUAGUUCAAAGAAAAUAAAGAAGAAGGUGAGAUUUUCCCCUGCUUUAGCAUCUAUUCAUAUUUACCAGGUUGGAAAUGAAGCAAACGAAGGUGACUUCACAGAUGCUUCGUCCUUAGCAGAACACACAAAUGACCUCAAAAUGGCAGAUGCCGAUCCUCAAACCUCAGAUUUCAGUGGAAACUCGACUGAGGUAGCAAAGAAGACACCUUCUCAACAUGGCAACACAAAACUCAAAGCGCUCAGCCUUCAGGAGUACCGUCUCCUCCGUCAGAACAUGCUCCCAAAGGAAGAGAGAAAAAUAGACUACAGAACCAAGUGGCCUUCAGUACCCGAAACCCCUAAGGAGCUCCCUCCCAUUCCUUGUAUACCAGGUUACAACUCAUCUCAGGUUAAUGUUCAACCUCCAUCCUCCAACACCAAGACCUCAACUCGAGGAGCAGUGGCUAAGUCUAGAAGAAACCUUCACCUGCCCUUGAAAUCACUUUUAAAACAAAAUGCAUUAGUCAGAAAGCCUGUGCAAGCUGUGGACCCUCCAAACCCUGUCACUUUGUCCCUCCAGCCAAAUGCCAAGAUCUUGCCAUCUCUUUCUGAGGAACAAAAGCUUAUACAACAGGAAACUGGCAAGUCCCAGGUUAACCGGACAAAUCUAAAUCCUCCUGCAGCAGUGCAGCCUAAUUCUGUCACUCAAGAACAGCCUUUGAUGGUUUCACCUGAGGAUUCUUCAAUAAAUUGUUCCUUAAUGAUGUCUGGCAUUGUUAAAACCAUCAUUUCUGCUCCAACCUCACCUGUGACAGUGAUACCAGUGCAAACGUCUCAGGGAAGUCUACCUCAAGUGCAGACGCCAGCGACCAGCCACUCUGCCCAGGAGAAGAAGCAAGGAUUUGCUGGAGAAAUAGGAAUAGAGGCUACUGAUGUAACCAGUCUUCUGGAGCAAUUUGAGACACAGGGACUCACUCCUCCCGCCACUCCUCCCCAUCAGAUCUGGAAUCCUUUAACACCUACUCUGAAAGCAAGACAACAUGAAGCUACCAAACCAUCUCCCAGCAAAACCAUCCAAAUCAUUGAACCUAAGCCACUGCCCCUGAGUAAGAUUCAGUCAAAGCCCCAACCUUCACUCUCCAUCCCUGCCCCAAGUCUGUUUCUAGCAUUUAUAGACCAUGACUACUGCGGCACUCAGGACUUCAGGCUCAGCAAAAAGAGAGCACUUUCUGAUGUUUAUAUGCACAACAGAUCUCCUAAAGAAUCAAGGAAUCAUACCAGCCAUAUACCCAUGGAUAACAGGACUUCUUGUGAGGCAGAGUGUCUCUCUGGCUCUGUUCUGCUCUCUCCAGAGAGCUCCCCAUGUAGGUUGGAGUCCAGAAGAACAAGGGAACAUACAGAAGCAGAAACAAGAAGGCAUUCACAUUGUUCAUGUUCCCAGAGUCCUCCAGCCAGGGGAAGGACAAGGAGGAGGCAUUACCGCAAGAGGUAUCGUGAUUCUGACUCCAGUUCAGUGUCAUCCUCCCGUUCUCCUUCCUGCUCUUCUUCAGCAUCGUCAUGUUCACCACCUAGAAAAAGGUACAGAUCACGGCACUCUGAGAGCAGCUCAAGCUCAUCGUCUCGCUCCAGUUCACGGUCACUCUCCCCCUCUCCGAAUCGAGGGCGCCGGCGCUGCUACCGCCAAUCACAAUCCAGGUCCUUCAGUCGUUCACGAUCCCGCUCUUGCUCUCCGCAGCCAGACUGGAGGCAGAAGUGGAGCAGCUGGAGGAGGCAGAGAGAAUACUACCAUCUGAGCCGAGGGGAAGAUGCUUACAGGGCCAAGCAGAAAGCAAUUGAAGAACGUAGAGUGGUGUAUGUGGGAAGAAUACGUGGUACUAUGACCAAGGAUGAGCUCAGGGAGCGCUUUGCACUGUUUGGAAAGAUUGAGGAUUGCACCGUCCACUUCAGGAGUCAUGGAGACAAUUAUGGAUUUGUUACAUAUUACAACACAGACGAUGCUUUCGCCGCCAUCGAGAAAGGGAGAAAGUUGAGGCAGUCAGAUGAACUCCCAUUCGACAUUUGCUUUGGAGGGAGACGACAGUUCUGCCAGUCAAACUACAUGGAUUUAGAUUCCAACUAUGACAUGGACCCAGCCCCGAGAAGGAGCGAGGAUAACACACUUGACUUUGACAGUCUGCUGAAGCAAGCCCAGCGAGGGCUAAAGACGUAGCAGAGUCCUCUAGGGAUUGACUGAAGGGUGAAAUAGCUAAAUAUGGAGCAUGUUGGACAUAAACCAAGCAAUUACCUCAGAACUCCCAAAGAGCUUGCACUUACACUGACACUAAAUAUAAAUUGAUAUGUAGCGUUCGUUUUUGACACUGAAGUUAAAAAACCUUCUGUUGAAGUGCGUAUAAUGGAGAAAAAAAAAAUUGAAGUAUAUUAAACAAAAAAAAAAGAAAAGCAUUAAAGGAUAUUUAAAAAAAAAAAAAAGAAAGAUGCACCAUAAUUUAAGUGUUGUCCUAUUAAUUGCCCUAUCAUUACAAAGUCAUUUUUUUCUAAAUUGGAAUGAAAAUAGGUGGCUGUUUUUAUGUUGAGUAAAAAAAUAAAACCAUGCUUGAACAUUA